AUGAUAGACGCUGGAAAGCUGCAAAAGUACGUGAAAAAGGAUUUCGGGAAAGGCUCGGGAAAAUUUGGCACAGCACAUGUGAUUAAUGUCAGUCACGACAGGAUCCAUUUAAUGACCAGAAGGGCAUCAGAAGAUGAGACCAGGAGAAAGCUCAGAAAAUUAAAGGAAUGGUACAUGACAAAUCACAUCGAUUUUCUCAGUGGAAAUGGUGCAGAAAUUCUGGAGCUUGGAUGCGCAAAGAUCGAGUUCGCUGAAGCAGACAUGAUAGGUGUAUAUGCUCCUCACAAUGAUGUUAUAGUUAUAACAACUUGGAUUGGUAUGUUCCGUGUACACCGUAUUCUAGUGGAUACAGGAAGCUCGGAGGAUGAAAAUCCAAUUAUCGGCUUCAGUGGCGAAGUAACAAAGGCGAUUGGGAAAGUAAAGAUGCCUAGAACAGUGGCUGACAAGUCCGUCCUAGGCAAUUUCUUGUUGCUGGAUUGUCGAGCUCCCUAUAAUGCGGUCGUAGGACGAUACUGGUUGCAUGCAAUCGGUGCAGUCACAUCCUCAUAUCAUCAAUGCCUGAAGUUUAUUACCCCAAAAGGGGUCGUGAAGGUUAGAAGCGACCAGAUGGCCGCCCACAAGUGUCACGAGAAUGCUAUGGAUGGAUACAGGAAAUCAGAAGUUAGCGGGAACCAUAUCCUGCGAAUGGAACAGAAAUAG